AUGAACCAGCAGCAGCAGCAGCAGCAGUCGCCGCAGCAGUCGCAACCCCAGUUCCAAACUGGCACCCCGCGACGCACUGGUACCUACAGCUCCCAGCACGACGAAUUGCACAUGCCAGCGGGCAUGAUCCAGCACGGCCAGCCUUCACCCCGCGAAUACUCAUCAUCCUCUGCUGCCCCCGCCGCACCCCAUAUCAAGCUGGAGCAGUCCUCCCCAAGCACCCACCCCCACGCGCCGCCUUACCAGAGCACAUCGUCGGUGCCCAACGUCUUGCAACCAGGUGGUGCAGGCGGUCGACCUCCCGCCAUCUCUGCCAACACUGCUCCCAGUAUGUCUGCCAUGCAGCCUCAGCAGCAGCAAGACUAUCAGACGCCUUCCAAGCCUCCCAGCUUGAGCCUGUCCCACAGCUACUCGCGCUCUUCGCCUGCUGCCGGAUACGAAGGUGCCUCGUCCUUUGCGCCCUACACGCCAACCACCCCCAGUGGUUCGGGAUCCCAGUUCAUGUCUCCGUCAGACCAAAAGUACAAUGCGCCCGGCUCCCAGCGAAACAUUUCGAACACGCCCUUGGGCUUGGCCGAUAUUCGACCCCGCGCCGACUCGAGCAUGUCCGAUGGCGUGCCCGGUAGCGCUGCAUAUGAGCUUGCCAACGCCCAGCCUGGCACGAGCAACUACCUCGCUCCUUGGGCCCUGUAUGCCUUCGACUGGUGCAAGUGGCCUCCCCAAGGCAACGGCGCCGGGAAGCUUGCUGUUGGCAGCUACCUAGAAGAUGGACACAACUACAUCCAAAUCCUCGAUACCCAAAUGGUCCCGACGCCCAACGAUGUCUACCAGCCGGGCACCCCAAAGAUCAACCUCGAAUUCCAAAAAGUCGCCGAGGCCACACAUUCCUACCCUGUGACGCGCUUGCUCUGGGAACCGCCUUCUUCGCAGAAGCAGUCUACUGACCUGCUUGCGACGUCCGGCGACCACCUUCGCCUGUGGUCUCUGCCCUCCGAGAGCCCUUCCUCCCAGAACAACUCCAUUACCAACCGAGCCAGAGACCCUGCCGUCACAAAACUUACGCCUCUCGCGCUUCUGUCCAACUCCAAGACCCCCGAUCAUACCGCGCCGCUUACCUCGCUUGACUGGAAUACUGUUUCUCCCAGCUUGAUAAUCACGUCCAGUAUCGAUACCACCUGCACAAUUUGGGACAUUCCGUCGCUGACGGCCAAGACACAACUGAUCGCCCACGAUAAGGAGGUCUACGAUGUCCGCUUCUGCGCCAACAGUGUUGACGUAUUCGUGAGCUGUGGACAAGACGGUAGUGUCCGCAUGUUCGAUUUGCGCAGUCUGGAGCACAGCACCAUCAUCUAUGAGCCCACUGGAAAGGAUGAGCGAGAUGCCAAUGGUGGACGAAUCAGCCCUACGCUUGCGCAGCAGACCAUGUCGAACCCUCCGCCCUUGUUGAGACUAGCAACCUCUCCCCACGAUACACAUUUGCUGGCCACAUUUGCGCAAGACUCGAACGUGAUUCGUAUCCUUGAUGUGAGACAUCCUGGACAGGCUCUUCUCGAACUCCGGGGCCAUGGAGGGUCCCUUAACUCCAUUGAAUGGUCGCCUACGAGGCGCGGCGUUCUGGCUUCCGGAGCCGACGACUGCCAGGUGCUUCUUUGGGAUGUGUACAAUAACAAUCCUGCUCUUAGUGGUGGUCCUCCUGCCAACGGUGCUGCCCAGCCAGACCACACGAGAAGCCCGUAUGCUAGCUGGCAGUGCGAUUAUGAAGUUGGCAACCUUGCUUGGGUGCCUCAUCUUUCCACCGACCAGGGAGAGUGGUUAGGAGUCAGCGCCGGCCGGGGCCUUUGGGGUGUCAAGACAUGUGGACGAACCGGCGCCUGA